AUGGCGACCAAAUCGCAGUUCCACCACCAGUUCCCUCCAGGCAUGAUGGACCCCACGCCGACGCAGACAUACCAUCAGAACGAGAGGCAGCAGGAGGAAGUCUACGAGGAGGUUGUGCAGCAGAUUAACCCGUACUACGCCUCCAUGAACUUCGCCAUACCCAACCUGCCCGCCGCGAAUUCGCAUUUUCAAGCCGCAGCAUGGCAGUGCGAGCCCAAUAACAUGAUGUGGAUGGAGGCUCUUCAGCCGUGGCCGACCAACGGCAUGCUCAACGCGACCGAGCCCAUGUACUCCGACUGGCAGACGAAUGCGACGCCGGCCUGGGAGUUCCAAAGCCACAAUGCCUUCGCCAGCUUACAGAAUGCCCAGGCGUUUCCCAUAGACUCUCCAUCUCCAGUCCGAGUCGACAACGCAUUUCCUCCGCCGCCGCAGCCGCAACAACAGCAGCAAUUCCAGCAGCAAUUUCCUGCCAACAACACGUGGAGUACCGGCUGGGUAGAGGAGAUUCCUUCGGCUGCACCUGUCGACGACGUCAAGCUAUCGGUAGAAGCUAUGCCAGAUGCUAUGACAAUCCAAGCACCAGUACCCAUACAUGCGCCAGUCCCGGUUGCUGCCCAGGCGGCUCCUACCCGGCGGCAAAGAGCCCCUACGCCCACGAUAGAAUUUCCCGAAUAUACUACCCCUAUCGCCGGAGGUCCGGUCGAGCCGUUGCCAGUCCCGGUCCGAGUCGAGAAGCGCAGGAGGGCGCCGACCCCCACGAUAGACUUCGACGAAUAUGCGACGCCCUUCUUUGAACCUACCCCUAUACCACAGGCUGCAAUAGCAGCGCCUCCUCCCGGGUCGCCCGUCGCCGCGCAACCUGCGCCUGUUCGGCGGGGCUCCCCCGCCAAAGCACGGCGUGGCUCCCAGACCGUCUUCAAGACCCAAUCAGCCAACUCAAAACGAGGACACUAUGCAUCCGACGUCUGGGAAAAGCACAAGCCCGUGAUCCAGAAGUUGUAUAUCGAGGAGGGAAAGCCUCUGAGGGAAGUCAUCAGGACCAUGGAGACGGAACACAAGUUCCCGGCAACUCAGAGGAUGUACAAAGCCCGCUUCAAGCAGUGGGGCUUCGUAAAGAAUAAUACUGAGAAAGUGGUUUCUCAAAUCCUCAAGACAAAGUUCCAGCGUGACGCAGCGGGCAAGCUGUCGCAGUUUACUCGUAAUGGCAAAGAUGUCAACCUGCAGAACUACCUCCAACGCAAAGGACUGACCGAGUACGAUCUGGUCGACUUCUCCACCGGCGUGGCAGAGGACGCUCUUGUGCACGUCCGGUGUCGCACACCCCCGCUCGACCUUCCCGAGGAUCUGCGUCUACCGGACCGUCUACGCUUCCAGGACUCGCUGGUCAUGAGCUUCAAGCGGGCGUUCUUGCUGUGGCGGCAGGAGGAGCAAGAGAGUGCAUUCGGGCUACAGGCGACUGUCUUUACGUGGCGUGUCACUGACUUCCCGCACCUGUCGAAUUUGAUCGAGUCGGCGAGACUGAUCCGCAGCGGCGAGGGCGCACAGGGCGUGGCGGCUCUGAACCAGGCCUUCUGGUCGAUGAACACGUACUUCGGCUCCAUGGACGCCACCUCCUCGUUCUACUUCUUCUUCCACCGCCAGAGCAGGUGCUGGCAGGACGACUCGAGGAUCGCCUUGGCCGUGUGGAAGUUCCUUGCGGCGUAUGCCAGCGCUAGGAACCAUAACAACCACCCGCUGUUCCACACUUUUAAGCUGAUGUACGAGGUCGUGCAGAAGGAGGGCGUGCCGGGUCUGAGGGAGCUGCUGCAGGAGAGCUCCAGUACGGUAGCUGAUGAGCUGGAGAAGUCGUUUGGAAGGGAUCACUGGCUCAAGGAUCUGAUCUGGCAUCGUUGCUUCCCCGAGAAGUCUAAGCUGAGGCAUUUGCAGCUGAUUAGAGACCUGAGGGAUCAUGGCCCUACAAGGAAGAUUGUGAGAAGGCUGUAUUGA